ACGUUUGCCACUCAAUAUUAAGUAGCAUUGUAUGUAGUUUAGCGGUGCUAUCCCAAUCCCCCUAUCAUUUCUACCUCUAUGUCUGCUAAAGUUGAACUUCAAGGUCUUCUUGCCCUGAUAAACUCGUCCGCAAACGAAGCCAUUGCAGAAUAUGACAAGGCCGGACAAGAAGUGCCGACGUUGGAUUCUACCCUUUCGCACCCACUCGACACGGCCCUCGAUUCACUUGCCCUCAAGAAAGCGAUACGCGUUCUUGAGGGUGCCUGUCAGCAAUUAUGUGCUACUUUAGCACCACCUCAGCACACUGUCAUCAACUUCGUCCAAAAUUACGACUCUGCUUGUGUGCGUGUGGCGAUCAAAUCUUCCAUUACAACCAUCUUGGAAGCCCAUCCCAAUGGCCUCCAUGUCAAGGACCUUUCGGAUAUCGUUCAUAUCGAAAGUGGCAAACUUUCGCGAGUCUUACGUUCGCUUGCAACCAAAGGUUGUUAUCGGGAGGUCACUCAAGGCAUUUUUGCUAACAAUCGGUUAUCCCUUGUUCUUCGCCCGUCAAUUGAAGCAUGUGUCCAGACUUAUUUACAUACGGAAAUAGUUAUGAGUGGUGCUUCUGUAUUGUAUGAAAAUCUCACCAACCAAGAUACGGCGUUCUCAUACGAGCCGUCGAAGGCACCUAUUAUGGAAGUGCUUAAGAAAGAGGGUAUAACAGGAACUUUUUUCGAUUGGAUGACGUCAAAUCCUAAUACUCAAGAGGAAUAUCACCGUGGAAUGAUAGGUGUGGGUUCCAUUAUGGGCUCACUCUCUGUGCUAGAACACUUUCCAUGGAAAGAGGUCUCCACGGUGUGUGACCUUGGCUCUGGUAUUGGACCAUUCUCCUUGCCACUGGCCAAAAUGUAUCCAAACCUACACAUUACCUGUCACGAUCUGCCAGAAGUCCUAGCUCAAGCUCAAGUCGUUUGGGCUCAAAAAGCACCGGAAGCUGUCAGCGGGCAAAAUGUUGAGUUUGUGCCAUUGAAUUUCCUGCAAAAAGUUCCCGUUCAAGGACAGGACGUAUACUAUUUACGACAUAUCAUCCAUGACUGGCCCGAUGCAGAAGCUACAGUGAUCCUUCGCAACGUGCGACAGGCCAUGGCACCCCACAGCCGUCUACUAAUACAGGAUUAUGUCAUGUUGUCUGCUAGUCGGGAGGAUGACAACGUUCGGCACAACGCAACCGUGGCUCCAAAACCUCUCCUACCGAACUACGGAGCAGGCAACAUGCGCUUGUAUCAAUCUGACCUGAGUAUGUUGAUUAUACACAAUGCCCGAGAACGCACAUUGGACGAAGUGAUUAAAUUAGGGGAUGACGUUGGUCUGCAGCUGGCGAAAGUGUGGGACCUUGGUGAAUCUUGUGCGAUUGAGUUCAAGCUAGCGUAGUCCUGAGGACAGCGUCAAAUAUUUUGCAUUUUCUUUAAGUAUGUAUGUAUAUGCCGGUUGCCGUACUAUUAGAAGGUUUCGAGCGUGCCCACUCAAAGCACUUCGGUGCCAGGGGUGCCAGGGGGACGAUGUUAUGAUGAUCACGAUUCAAUGAG